GUUGGGUGACCAGUGGGGUAGGCUGCAGCCUUGGCUCAGGGACUUGAGGCGGCGGUUGGGGAGGGGGGAAAGCUAAGUGUAGUAGGGACUGCAUUGGAGUUAAAAUCAAUUCAGGUGUUGGUAAUCGAAGAAAGGAAACGCGAAAAAAAGAUCGCUGCGUUAAAAAAAAUUGAACUAAGAGGCCGCCAUAGUAGUAACGCCAACUUCGGGUGUGAGCCCCGCCUCUCUCCCGUUUUCCCGCCUCUUUUACUCCUACUGACGGCCAUCAUUCGGAGCUGUCCUAAAGAACGUAUUUCAUUUUUUUUUUUUUUUUAAAUUUCACAUCCCCCUCAAAUUAGUAUUUAUUUCCCAGGAUCUUUUGUGAAAAGUAACAUUAUCCGAUUCGGGCUCGUCGCUCACCCCCCUCCUCUAUCCGUCACCCCCGCCCUCCAUAAAGCGGUCAUCGCGGGGGGUCUCGUACAAAGGAAGCCGCUCUUCCCCCUUCUUCCGAUUCUUGUUUCUCCUCACUCGGAAUCUGCAGGAGCGAUGUCCAGGCCGGUCAGGAACAGAAAAGUCGUGGAUUACGCUCAGUAUCAGGAUUCAGAUGAUGAAGACUAUGGAAGAGGAUCUGCUCCACCUUCAAAGAAAGCACGUACAUCUUCUAGAGAAGUAAAGGAAAAAAGGAGGUCUGGGAGAAAUUCACAAGAAGACAGUGAGGAGUCUGAGGAAAAGGAUACAAACAAACCCAAAAAGGAAGGAGAUUCUGCAGAGGAAGAUUUUGGCAGUGAAGGUGAUUUGGCAGAGGGAGAUGGAAAGGCAGAUAGUGACUAUGAAAGUCCAAAGCGGAGUAAAAAAGGCAAAAAACCUACCCCUGACAAGAAGAGAGCUGCCUCAAAACAAAGGAAGAGAUCUUCCCAAGGUGACAGUGAUGAUGAAAAGCAACGUAAAAAUGUCAGACAGCAGAGACAAGCAGCUUCAAAAGCAGCUUCUAAACAAAGGGAGAUGUUAAUAGGAGAUGGAGGCAGUGAGGAUGAAGAGCAGGAGGAGGAGGAUGAAGCACAGUUUUUGGAAAAGGAUUCUGGCAGUGAUGAUGAUUUCAUGGUUGAAGAUGACGAUGACAGUGAUUAUGGCCGAUCCAAGAAGAAGAAAAAGAUUGUUAAAAAAUCUAAACCAGAAAGGAAAGAAAAGAGAGUACCUAAGCCCAGACUAAAAGCUACAGUAACACCCAGUCCAGUAAAAGCCAAAGGAAAAAGUCGUCCUGCUGCUUCUAAGGCUCCUAAAGAGAAAUCUCCAUCUUCCAAAGCAGAAGAGGAGGAUGAAGAUCCAGUGACACCGCCACCAGAGAAGAAGUCUACCAGUCCACCACAGGAAAAAUCUGGAGAUGAUGUGUCUGAUGAUGAAGCUCAGUCCACAGAGGACUAGCACCUUUCAGGGUGUGGUGGGGGGGGGACUUGGGGUGAGGGUGAUUGUUGGGGAAAUUUUAUUAAAAAAAAAAAAAAUACAAGUUAAAAAAGAAAAUAAAACGGUUGGGUAAAGAUCAUGACUUGGGCUACUGCUUGACUCGUGCACCUCCAAUGCUGUCUUUCAUUUUUGUUUUAAGAGUUCCUUGCGGUUUCUUUUUUUAAAUAUAAUUUUAACCAGCAAAAGGUGAAACAUUUUGUCAUCUUUGGGAUUGAUUGUUGUUUCCAUUACCUGUCUGAAAUAAAGCCAUGCACAUUUUUAAUAAAUUGCAUUGCUGAGAAGUGUUUGGAGGGGGGGGGUUGUGAAAUACUUUUUAUUUGGCUUAUAUAUAUUUUUUUUUUUUCUUUUUGUAAAAUGACUUUUUUUUUUUUUUUGGUAAACAAAAAAUGAAAUUGCCUCUUGUAUUCAUUGGACCCUCCGCAACUGUUUGUUUUUUUUUUUUUCCUUCUCCCCUACUGUCUUUGGUGUCUUAAUUUACUAUGCACCAGUUUACUUGCAAAGUAGCUAAUUCCAUGACUAAUGGUUCAUAAUUUUAAUGUUUUAUUUCUAAGUGUAGCAGCUUUUGCUUUAAUGCGUUUAAUCGAUUCUGUAUGGUAUGUAUUUUAUAUAUCCUUAUGUUUAAUCCCUCUUUUGCAACUAGCCAAAUCUCAAAUAUCCCAGCAAAAUAUUGUAUGGUCCAAUGUAUUUUUUCUUUUUAGCUGUGGCCCAUGCUCUGCUGCAUUCUUCAUUCGUUUGGUGGCAGUAAUGUAAGAUUUGAUACUGUAUUCUUUAUGGUUAUUACUGUUAAGCAUCAGUUGGGCAAUGUCAGCUACACUUUUUUUUUUUUUUUGUUUUUUUUUUUUAUAAAUAUUUUGUCUUAUUUUGUUUGAUGGUCUCAACCUCCCAUACCACUUACCAUUGCCUUUAAAGGAAACAGACUGACACUGCUGGUACAGGCAAAAAUGUUCCUAAUGCGUGUAUUCGGCAGUGUUGCGUGGCUUUACAUUAUAGUUUGUGGCUGGCAAGUUUCAGGCAUUUCUCUGCCAGCUGAAAUGACAGCGGAAAACCUGUCUCUGUUUGCCUUUAGCCUGAAGCUGUUUGGUAAUGUUUGUGAUUAAAAGUAGCAAUGUUGGGGGGGAUAACUUAAAGGAACAUUUUUGGUGAGUAACUUAAAGGAACAGUAAUGGUUAAAAGUGACUGCCACAUUAGAAUUAUUUACAGAUGUGAUAAAUAUUUCAAACCUUUAAAA